AUGAAUCGAACGAUUGAAUCAGACACUCUUCUGCAUCCCAUCGACAGAGAGGUUACGGAGAAAGGUAAAGGGGUCUCCAAAAGGGGUUCCAACAGCCUCGAUACCACCGCCCCGGUCCACCGUGUGCAUCGCCACUGCCACGGCGGAUAUUCUGUCCCCACUCCCCCAAUUCAAAUUCACCCUCACCAUUUUUCAAACGCCCUCUCUCACAACUUUUUUUCUCUNGCCUCCCCCUUCCGCUCCCGGAGAACCCCUCCGCCUCCGCCUAGACCUUCGCCCGGCCACAAUGCCUCGUCCUCAUCGGCGGCGGUGCUGCUUCCAAAGCAACAAGCUCCCCGGCACCCGACCACGGCGCCUCCCGGCAAAGCUAAGGAAAAUGUCACGGUCACCGUGCGGUUUCGUCCUCUCAGUGCUAGGGAGAUUAGUAAAGGCGACGAGGUCGCAUGGUACGCUGAUGGAGACUAUACCGUGCGCAAUGAGUUCAAUUCCGAGAUUGAAUAUGACUUUGACAGAGUAUUUGGUCCUGCAACAACUACACGGCAGGUUUAUGAUGUUGCAGCUCAUCAUGCUGUAAGUGGUGCCAUGCAAGGAAUAAAUGGCACAGUGUUUGCCUAUGGUGUUACUAGCAGUGGAAAGACACAUACGAUGCAUGGGGAACAAAAAUCACCUGGAAUCAUACCAUUGGCUAUUAAGGACGUCUUUGGAAUGAUACAAGAGACACCUGGACGGGAAUUUCUCCUCCGAGUUUCUUAUUUGGAAAUUUACAAUGAGGUCAUCAAUGACUUGCUUGAUCCCACUGGACAAAACCUAAGAAUAAGAGAAGACUCUCAGGGUAUUUAUGUUGAAGGAAUAAAAGAAGAGGUUGUCCUGUCGCCUGCUCACGCUCUUUCACUAAUUGCAUCUGGUGAAGAGCAUAGGCAUGUGGGUUCUAAUAACUUCAAUUUACUAAGCAGUCGAAGCCACACUAUUUUCACUUUGACUAUAGAAAGCAGUGUGCAUGGGGAAAAUGAAGGAGUAGCUUUAUCACAAUUGGUUAUAUCCAAAUUGACAGACGGAAAAUCCACUCAUAUACCAUACCGAGAUUCGAAACUUACACGCUUGUUGCAGUCAUCUCUUAGCGGCCACGGUCGAGUUUCCCUUAUUUGCACAGUGACCCCAGCUUCUAGUAAUUCUGAAGAAACGCACAACACUCUUAAGUUCGCUCACCGUAGUAAACAUGUCGAAAUCAAAGCAUCACUAAAUAAGAUCUUGGACGAAAAGUCUCUCAUCAAGAAGUACCAGAGAGAAAUAUCUAAUUUAAAGCAAGAGCUCGAGCUAUUAAAGCGCGGCAUGAUGGAGAGAGAAAAUCCAGUGGCCCCAAGCCAAGAAGAUUUAGUUAAUCUAAAGCUCCAGUUAGAAGCUGGACAAAUUAAGUUGCAAUCAAGAUUGGAAGAGGAGGAACAAGCCAAAGCUGCUUUGAUGGGAAGGAUUCAGAGACUAACCAAGUUAAUCUUGGUUUCAACCAAAACUACUCUCCAACCAGAUAUCCUCGAAAAGCUAAGCCACAGGCGCAGGCAUUCAUUCGGAGAAGAUGAGCUAGCUUACUUGCCUGGUAGAAAACGAGAAAGCAUGAUUGAUGAAGAAGCUGGAAGUAUUGAUUCUGAAGUUUCUAUGGAUGGUAAGGGAGAUGCCGUAAGUCUUGAUGAUAUAGUCAAGGAUUACAAAAGGAACAAGGGGAGAGGGAUGCUUAGCUGGUUCAAAUUAAAGAAGCUUGAAAAUGGCAUAAUCUCGUCAUUGAGUGCCGAUAAUGAGAGUUGUUCGGCAAGUGAAUCACCUGCUUCAUCAACAAAAUCAUCACAACGCAAAGUUAUGUUUAGUGACACAAAAGAUGCUUCGAGGAAAUCAAUCAGUAGAAAAGUAGAUAGUAUCUCUACUGCUGAUUCUUUUCCUGAAAGAACUCAAGCAGGUGAUUUGAUUAGCAUAGCUGGAGGCAUGAGACGCUUACCACCGUCUGGGAGCACCAUUACAGAUCAAAUGGAACUUUUCCGUGAGCAGAUAAAAAUGUUAGCUGGAGAAGUAGCUUUAUCCACCAGUUCUUUGAAACGGUUAUCAGAGCAAGCAGCUAAGGCCCCUGGAGACUCCAAACUUCAGGAAAAGGUACAAAAGUUGAAGGAUGAAAUACGAGAAAAAAAGCUUCAGAUUGGGGUUCUAGAGCAACGGAUGAUUGGAUCAGUGGAGAUAUCUCCUUAUGGUUCAAGCAUUGUUGAGAUGUCUCAGGCAUUAUCUAGGUUUGCUGCUGAACUAAAUGAGAAGACAUUUGAGCUUGAGAUCAAAUCUGCCGAUAACAGAGUCCUCCAGGAGCAACUGCAAGAGAAGACAGUGGAGAACACAGAGAUGCAAGAAACAAUCAAUCUCUUAAGGCAGCAGAUUGAAUCCUUGAUGUCAAAUAAAAAUUCAAGGACUACAGAUAGCACUACUGGGCUGAACAGCUUUGAAGAAUCCUCUGACAUAACAAACGAAAGAGGGUCUGAAAUAAAUUCAUUCGAAUAUCUAUAUGAGAAUACACCGACUAGUGUUGGGAGCAUGAAAAGAGUAUUCAACCAUGAGGAUGCUAUAGAUUGCAACAGGACUUCCAAGCUUCUUUUGCAGGCUGCCGAAAUAGAAUCACUAAAACACGACAACCUAAAAAUCUCCGAGAGGAAAGACGAACUCGAAAUCCACUGCCAGAAGCAAAUCGAGGAAGCCUCCUACGCCAAGGAGCUCGCUGCAGCAGCAGCGGUCGAGCUCCGCAACCUCGCCCACGAAGUAACCAAACUCUCGUACGAGAACGCCAGGCUGGCCGCUGAGCUGGCAUCCGCCAAGGACUCCCGCUGCAAGACGAGGCAGAGCGGGACCCGCCCAGCAAGGAAGCAUCACGAUGAGGACCACCGAUUUUUGUCCGCCGAGGAGUUCGAGCAGGAGCUCAACGCUCGGUACCAAAGGGAAGCCUCUUUGGUGGCCGCGCUUUCCGAGAGGGACAACAUAGAAGCCGACCUUCGGAGGAGACUUGACGAGGCAAUGAGGCACGAGGAGAAGUUGGAGAACGAGCUGGCGAAUAUGUGGGUUUUGGUCGCAAAGACGCGUAACAAGUCAUUUGUGGGCCCACACGAGAUUUCGAACGAGGAGGAGAGUGAAACUGCUGUUGUGGAGGAUGGUGUGGUUGGAGGUAAGGGAAGGUUCUAGAACUUUGGGAGUUGAAGUUGAGAGUGAGCAACCGGUGAAAAUUGAAAAUUUUCAAUGUUAAUGCAUGUAAGAAUAAUGUUAAAAGGUUAGGAAUUUUGAAUGAAAUUAGUAUCUCCAAUGCAU